GGGAAUUUGAUAGACAAAUAUGGGGAAAGAGGAAGCAAACAGCAGAGGAGGAUGUCUGGGCCAAAAAAAAACAAACUGCAAUAGACAGAGAUAGAAAUUAGAAGCGGGUUUCCAGCCGCCAGCCGAGAGGCUCCAUCCGGCAGCACGGCGGUGCAAUUAGGGGGCCAUAAACCCCAAGGGCUUCAGCAGGCGGCGGGAAUCAAUCUGAGGGAGGACUAUAACCAAUUCCCCGAAGCCCCGGUGCCGGCAGCAGGGUUUUGCGGUGCUGUGCACGCAGGCACCCCCCGGCUCCCUCGGGCUCCCUCAGCGGGCGCCGGGGCAGCCGUUAGGGGCCGCAGGGUGGCGGAACCCGUUGCGGGCUGCCCGUUGCCGCCCCGCCUCGCCCCGACGUGUCUGCGGGCACGUCCCCGCCGCCGCGGCCCGCCCGCCUCACGUCAGCCGCCCGGCCCCUACUUAAGGCCCCGCUUUCGGACCCGCCCCGCCACGACCGCCGCCGCGCUCGGCUGAGAAGACCGGGGUGUACCAUGUCUCUCAAGGAUCAGCUCAUCCACAAUGUCCACAAGGAGGAGCACGGCCAUGCCCACAAUAAGAUCAGUGUGGUUGGUGUGGGUGCAGUCGGAAUGGCUUGUGCCAUCAGCAUCCUGAUGAGGGACUUGGCUGAUGAACUUGCCCUUGUUGAUGUUGUCGAGGACAAGCUGAGAGGAGAGAUGCUAGAUCUCCAGCAUGGCAGCCUCUUCCUUAGAACACCAAAGAUUACUUCUGGGAAAGAUUACAGUGUGACCGCCCACUCCAAGCUGGUCAUUGUCACUGCUGGUGCCCGUCAGCAGGAAGGAGAAAGCCGCCUUAACUUGGUGCAGCGCAAUGUGAAUAUCUUCAAAUUCAUCAUUCCCAAUGUUGUGAAGUACAGUCCUGACUGCAAGCUGCUUAUUGUCUCAAACCCAGUGGAUAUUUUGACCUAUGUGGCCUGGAAGAUCAGUGGUUUUCCUAAACACCGUGUUAUUGGUAGUGGCUGCAACCUGGAUUCUGCUCGUUUCCGCCACCUCAUGGGAGAAAGACUGGGCAUCCAUCCUCUGAGCUGCCAUGGGUGGAUUGUCGGAGAGCAUGGAGAUUCCAGUGUACCUGUCUGGAGUGGAGUGAAUGUUGCUGGUGUCUCCCUGAAGGCUCUUCAUCCAGAGUUGGGAACGGAUGCAGACAAGGAACACUGGAAGGAAGUUCAUAAGCAGGUGGUGGACAGUGCCUAUGAGGUCAUCAAACUGAAGGGGUACACAUCAUGGGCUAUUGGCCUUUCUGUGGCAGAUCUAGCUGAAACUAUUAUGAAGAACUUAAGAAGAGUGCACCCAAUCUCUACAGUUGUUAAGGGCAUGCAUGGAAUCAAAGAAGAUGUCUUCCUAAGUGUUCCUUGUGUACUGGGCAAUAACGGCAUCACUGAUGUGGUGAAGAUGAUCCUAAAACCUGAAGAGGAGGAGAAAUUAAGGAAGAGUGCAGAUACACUCUGGGGAAUCCAGAAGGAACUACAGUUUUAAGCCUGUUCAAGCAGUUCAGUGUUUGCAGUUUAACAGGUUUAGUGGUUUGUCUUAAUGUUGCACUUUCCAAGUAGGUCAAAUCCUUCAAUGUAUGUAUCUCAACUAGAACAUAAAAAAUAAAAUCUGAACAAAGGAGUUUUCUAAAGAUAGUGUUAGGAAACUAUUCUAGGAUUUUCCCCAUGCUCAGACACCUGUGUUCUUAGCCAGAGCUAGAGAGAACCUAGUCUUGUACAGUGAAGUGGUGACAUAAAUCCAGCAUUCAAAGCAGCACUGCCUAGAAACCCCUUUGCCUUUUCCUCACCUUGUUUAAACCUUGGCUCAGAACAAUAAGUAACUAGCUCUUACACAACGUGAAACCAAAGACUAUUUUCUUGCAGUUAAAGGAUUGUUAAACCAAUUGACAAGCCUUCUCUGCCAGCUGAAUAGCUUGAAUAGUUCACUGUUGGUUGGUCCAAAUAUAUUUUCCUAAAACUGCUUUGGAAUUUUUGUGUAUACUUUUUUUAGAGAACCUUAUUUUUGUGUACUGUAUCAGACUAGUUGUAAGUUUAUCUCCAAAGCAUGUUUAAAAAAGUGUUCCAAGUUUCUGUAUGCAACAAGACAGCAACUGUUCACCUGUAGUACCAGUUCCAACACCAAAUAAACCAUCAACUGUUA